AUGUAUUGGCUCGGUGGCGCAGACGUCCCUUCCCUGGUAUCAUGGCUCCUCGUCGGAGCAUCGCUUCUCAUCUCGCAAACGAAAGCAGAGCAGCAUCCCGGAGGAGAGGCCCUUUCUAAGCGCGCGACCCCCGAAUGGAAAAUCUUUCUCUAUACACAUGAAGAUUGCGACAAAAAGUUUGUGCCAGACAAGAUAGUCGACAGCAACGGCACCGUCGUCGAGACCAAACCAGGGAACGAUGGUUACGGCUGCAAGAAGUGGUACGGCAACGGUCUCAACAAGAUCUCCAAGUUUCGAUUCUACAGUUACGAGUGGGAGGUGUGCGUGCUCAGUUUCUACAAGGACAAGAAAUGCGAGGAAAUCUCGAGUCGAGACUACCAGACGACGGAUAUCAAAGACCACCCCAGCGAAUGCUUCGGUUGGGACGUGUCUGACUGGAAAUACUACAGAGUCAAGUGUUAUGGGAUGGGCCAGAAUGAUGGGGUAAUUUCACCGCAGCCAAGUCCAGCCGCUGACGGUAGUUGGUCAAGGAUUCUGGAUGCGGCGUCAGAAGGGAAAGAGUACGCAGACUGA